UCUACAGAAGAACCACACCCUGAGGCCAAGAAGGCAUCCACGGGCCCGGCUUCUCGGCCUUUGCCCACAACUUCCACUCCGUCCGCUAGCAAGUCGGUCGUGACUAAACCGCCCCCACCAGCCCCUUCUAGCUCUAAGCCUGACAAGGUCCACAAGGGAGAGGUCAAGUCACAAACGGCAGGCCAAACGGGACGGAAGAGAAAUACUCACAAACCAUCUACCCGGACAAUCUUCGGGUAUCAAUCAUCGACAAGGCUGAACCGGAAUGUUGCUAUUCGAAGAUCGUCUGAGGGAGCUUGUCUUCACGGGAGAGGGUGACCCACGACGUAUGCAAUUCGGCAGUGCAACCGUUUACAAAGGCGUGAAAGUCAUGUGCUGUUAGAACCAUGAAUCUAAGGAUUACCUGAUCACCGCAGUACCCGGCUUUCGCGACCUCUGGCAGGGAUGUGAUCUAGCGGCUGUAUCCUUAAAGGACAUGCCCUGCCGUAAGGUAUUGACAGCUUGGGUGCCACCACCAUCCGUGGAUCCGGCACGCAUCCUGACAAUACUGGGCAAGCAGAACCCCAACCUCAAAACGGACAACUGGCGUCUUGUCAGUUCAAACACUGAGGGAGGGGGCCUGGUCAUCAAAGUAUCUAUGGAUACGGAUGGCCAGGAAUAGCUUCAAGCUCGUGGGGGAAAAUUGCAUUUCGGCGCUGGAUGGAUCCGCUUCCAUCUAACGCCGUUGCAUUAGGUGGAAGAAAACAGCGGCUACUUAGCAUCAUGCAGAUUAAUCUGCAUCACUGCAAAGCUGCUGCUGCCGAACUCCUCCUAUCCCUCUCGAAAGCUGAAGUAGACAUAGCUCUGGUUCAGGAAUCCUAUAUAUACAAUAAUAGGGUAACUGGACUAGGGAGUGGGCAGUACGUCUCUUAUGCGAUCUCCAAUGGUGAUAAGUGGAGGAGACGUUACGGUAUAUCUCUCUAUCUACCGUACGAGCGACCUGACGCACCUGGACAUGAAGUAGAGGAGCUGCUCGAAGAUCUGGCUGACAAAGGACAUAUAAUCAUAGGUUGUGAUGCCAACGCACACCACUUCCAAUGGGGCAGCAACGAUAUCAACGUCAGAUGUGGACUGGAUAUGCAAGCAGUCAGUCAAAAUGAUACGUACUUUGGCAUAUGAUCCAACUGGAGUUAUUUAUUUCAACACAAACCCUACAAACAGCUUCCACAAAGAAUUGGAAGGAGAUUCUCAGUUAAAGUUCAUUUAAAAACUGGCAACAUCUACUGGAUUUAAAAAGACUCCCUGCAGACUGUCAUUCUUUCUAUGACAAUAUUCCUUUUCAAAAGUAGUUUUAAAAUGUAAUUCAUAAUUAACAAAAUUACAUAAUAAAUAAAAAAUAUAUAACUGAACUUACUUAUGAAUAUAUGUAUAAGAAAUGCAAUUAAUAAGGAAAAUCUUUAAUUUAAAAUUUUAAUUAUUUUAACCAAUGGACGUAGGUUUUAUAAUCAAUUAUUAAUUCAUUUACUUUCUUAAUGACAAAAAAACGUUUACAAUUUUACAAAACACCUUAUUAUUAUGUUUAAGCCUAUUUAUUUUGGAUACCCCUUUUUGUGUUUCACAAAAACAGAAGUCAAAAAGACGUAUCUAACAUAACUCUCAAAUAAUAGAAAAUAAGUAAAAAAGCUGUAAGUUUGUCCGGGCCGAUCUUUGAAAACCCUCAACCAUUUGAAAUGAUUUUGGCAAUUCAAAAAAAAAAUAAAAUCCGUUAAAAAUUUUGU